AUGAGUACUUCUUGGACCUUGACCAUUCGCUUGUCUAGCGGUGAACGCAUGAAUGUUUCGGUUGCUUCCAGUGCCACUGUGUUGGACACCAAACUGGCGAUUCAAUCUUCCAGAACAGAAUAUGAGGCAACUCGACAACGAUUGGUUUACAAAGGAAGAAUUCUAGAUGAUGACAGCCUGGGACUAGAGCACUAUGGAGUGGUAGAUCAAGCUACCCUCUUUCUUGUAAUGAGCAGCAGCGCCAGCGGAAGUUCUCCUCGAGCAGGUGGAGCGAGUUCUACGGCCAACGCAUCUUCCUCUUCGACAACAGCAACGGCAACAACAACGCGGCCACCCACUUCAGCUCCUGCCAACAACAACAACAACAACAACAACAAUAGCAAUAGCAAUGGCAAUCCAUUCAUGAAUCCCUUUGGAGGCAACAAUGCGGGCGGUUCGGGAGGUCUCGGUGCCAUGGGUGGAAUGGCUGGCAUGAUGGGAAACAACCCUCCGAAUGCUGAACAAAUGUCCCAAAUGAUGAACAGUCCCAUGAUGCAGUCUUUAAUGGAAAACCCUACGAUGAUGCAGACCGCCAUGGAAAUGAGCAUGCAAAGCAAUCCUCAGCUUCGUGCCUUGCUGGAGUCGACUCCGGAGCUUCGGCAAUUGUACAAUGAUCCGGCCCUGAUGCGGCAGGCCAUGCAAAUGAUGCGGGAUCCUGGUGCCAUGCAACAGGCGAUGCGAUCUCAAGAAUUGGCCAUGUCUCAAUUGGAAAACAUGCCCGGAGGCUUUUCUGCAUUGAGCAGCAUGUACCGGAACAUUCAAGAACCGCUCAUGGAGGCACAAGAUGCCGCCCGAGACAAUUCGACUGCCUCCAAUGCUAGUCCGGCGUCGACUACCGAAGGGGCUACUGGAGCUGCCAUGCCCAAUCCAUGGGGAGCUCCGGCACCAGCGCCCGCUGCCUCUCCACGAUCUAGUCCUCCAAUGACGAACAACAACAAUAUGGCCAUGUCCAAUCCUUGGGCAUCCCCUGCCUCUUCUAGCAGCACUGGUAAUAACAGUAGCAGCAACAAUAAUAAUACUGCCAUGGGCAAUCCAUGGGCUGCCAUGGCUGCCGGAGGUAUGGGUGGUGGUGGUGGUGGCAUGCCCGGAAUUCCUGGCAUGCCCAUGGACGGCAGUCCCCCCAACAUGGAUCAAAUGAUGCAAAUGUUGGAAAAUCCCAUGGUGUCUCAAAUGAUUACCAACUUGGUGGAUACGAAUCCCGACAUGAUUCGUGCCAUGCUCGAACAACAAAAUCCUGCCAUCCGACAAAUGUUUGGAAAUGAUACGGAACGGGCCAAUCAAUUCAUUCGGCAAAUGAUGAAUCCACAGGCGCUCCGCAGCAUGAUGCAAAUGCAACGUAGCAUGGGUGGUGCUGGUGCUAAUGGCAUGGGUGCUGGUAUGAACAAUAUGGGCAUGUUUGGCAUGCCACCCAUGAUGGGAGGAGCUAAUGCUGGAGCUGGUGCUACUGGUGGUGCGGCUCCGAAUGGAUUGGACUUUAGCAGUCUGCUGGGCAACCAAGGUGGUGCCAGUGGUGUUGGUGCAGGUGGUUUUCCACCCUUGGACUUUGGUAGCCUAAUGCAACAAUUUCAAGGUAUGCAACCACCUACAACAUCAACGAUGAAUCAACAACAACAACAUCCAGCCGAUCGGUAUCGAUCCCAACUGCAAUCGUUGCGGGAUAUGGGCUUUGAUGACGAACAAUCAUGUCUGGCAGUACUGCAACAGAAUAAUGGAAAUCUGAACCGAGCCGUGGAUCAAUUGCUCAUGGGACCGCCACCAAGUGUGGCUUCGCCUCCGGCAGCUGCUCCAGCACCAGCUCCUCCUGCAGAGGAAGCACCACCAUCCGAGCCCAAGGAUGCCGAGGACAAGAAGAAUGAUUGA